GUAUUACCCAAAAGACUAAUCUAAUCCUGAAGCGUUGCAUUAGUAAUCCAUUAGCCACAGAAUAUAAUUUUUGUGGCAAGAGAGCAGGAAAACGCCCUUUUUUUGAAUUGAACUUGAAAAAUGCUAUUGUUGCUACAGUGAGACGAUCUACAGAUUGUACCGAGAGGGAAAUUGAAGAUAUAAUUAAGUGCUGGUUAAAACACGCUCCGCAGCGCCAAAAGUUACAAAAUUUAAAAAAUAAUGCCUAAGCAUUCUGUUUCGAAGAGGCAAAUGUAUCGCAGAGUGGCAACAGCUGUCCAACACACAUUAUUAGAUCCUUCAUCUAGUUCAAGAGAAGCAAAAGGUAAAACUGUUCAGCAUAAAAAAUCAGAUCUCUCUGAAAGCUGCUCUGGUUUGGUAAGCAGUCAAUAUGAUGAUUUGGAUAAUUUCAAUUUAGUAACACCCUGUGAGUUUUUCAAUAGUUUUCCAAGCUGUUCUUUUGAAAUUAAUUAUGGUUCCAAUAAUAACUCUGGCGAAAAUUCUGAUUCUGAUUCAAUCUCUGAUUCCGAAAAUGUAAAUUCUGAUUCUGAAGGUAAGAGCCAUGUAUUUAAUGACAAUGUUAAUAUAGAAAAAUCCUCGGAAAAAUCAGAAACUCCCAAACAUAAUGCACUUGCCAAUAGUUUAAGAGAAUGGGGAUUAAAAUUUAAAGUUUCACAUUCGGCAUUCACAGAUCUAUUGCAUAUAUUACAUGAUUCCCAUCCCUACUUACCACUUGAUUGUAGAACUUUGUUAAAUACACCAUCAAGUUACGCUACAAAACAACUGGAUAGUGGAGAAAUGGUUUAUCUGGGUAUAUCUCCUAAUUUACAAAGAAUUCUGUCUCCUCUUAUUUCUACAUCACCAAACUUGAUUAAUAUUAAAUUAGCGUUCAAUGUUGACGGCCUGCCACUAUUUAAAAGUUCCAAUGUAAAUAUUUGGCCAAUAUUAUGUCAGAUUAAAUCUAUUACCGUAGAACCCUUUGUUGUUGCCAUAUUUAGUGGCUCUGGGAAGCCUGUGCCAUUAAGUACAUAUCUGGAAGACUUUGUUGAAGAGUUGAAGGUUUUAAUACAUAAUGGUAUAGAGAUAAAUGGAAUUACAAUAUCAAUUUCAAUUUAUGCUUUUGUAUGUGAUGCUCCAGCACGAUCUUAUUUAAAAGGAAUUAAAUCUCACAGUGGUUAUUCAUCAUGCGAGAGAUGUAUUGAAACUGGAGAUUAUUUGAAUGGGAGAGUAAUAUUUAAAAAAGUUCAUAGUACAAAGAGAACAGACCAUACAUUUACUUUACAGUCAGAUGAAUCUCACCACUUAUAUGACUCUCCACUGGUACAAGUGCCUAGUUUAGGACUGGUGUCGCAUUUUGUUGUAUUACAUGCAUAA